AUGCGCCUGCGCACUAGUUUCUACAGUGCUCGAGCUUUGCUGGACGGUUUUGUUCAAAAUGUUUGGAAGGGCCUCGGGAGGGAAUGGUAAACGGACUCAAACUGACAGUGUCACUGAUGCAAAUAAAAGUUGUGCGCACCACAAGCGGGAUCGAGAAAUCUUUAAGAAAUUGAGCUGUUCCAUAAAAGGAAUGAAAUAUAAUGGCAUCGGAAGACUAUCAAGAAGAGGAUGCUUUUUGCUUCAAUGUAGGAGGAUGGUUCUUUUCAAUUCCAAAGUCAAAACUUUUACAGUUCCGUGAUUCAGUGUUAUGGCAAGAAGCUUCCAGCCUUGUUCAUUCUGAAGAUGCCAGACUUUUCAUUGACCGAGAUGGAUAUAUUUUUCGUCACGUCCACUAUUAUUUGCACACAUCAAAGCUGUCUUUUUCCUGCCUUUCAGAAAUUAGCUUGUUGUAUGAACAAGCGACAGCAAUGUGUCUGACUUCUUUGCAACAGGCUUUGGAUAACAUGAAAGAAAGUAAACAUCAUUUACGCAUACGGCCUGAAGAUGUACCAAUCACUAAAAGAGCAAGCAGGAAUUAUUGGAGAACACGAUGUAACAGUAAACCUUCAGAGUUCCAAAUCAAAAGUCCAGCAUUUUCAGGAUUACCUGAUAAAGCUCCUUUAGGACUGAUUGACACACCUUUGUUGGAUACUGAAGAAGAGGUGCACUGGUAUUUUCUUCCUUUAGACCUAGUGAAGAAAUACCCUGCUUUAAUCAAUGAUGAUAAUCUGCUGUGGCUAUGUGAGGGAGUUGUCCUCAUAGAAAUUGGAUGGAGUAAUUUCCGAUAUAUAGCAAAUUUCCUUCAGACUGGGAAGCUUCUCGUGCCUGACAAAUUUUCAGAAAUCGAUGUUCUUGUGACUGAGAUGGAGAUGCUUCAAAUUCCAGAGCUCAUCAAAGCUGUGAAAACAUACAGGUCAGACAUAGGUGAUAGUUCCAAAGAUGUCUCUAUCCCUGUCAGUUCUAUACAUCAUUCUGAAGGCGGUUGUAACAAUUUAUGUGAAAUGACAGAUAAACCGUUAUAUGUCCUUGUCCUGGAACUGUUAGUGAAGUACCCAGAUUCAGCACUAGGACAGCUUUCCAUUGACAGCAGCCUUGAUGGGAUGAAGCUAUAUAUUUUUGGCAAUGGAGUUCUUUUUAAACAUGUCAGAAGCUGGUUAGGAACAUCCCGCCUGCCAUUGACUGAAGAUGUAUCUCAGAUGUGCGCAGUUUGUGUAUUUCUGGAUCAACAUGACAGCCUAUACCAGCCAGUAAAAGAUGCCAUGCGACUCUACCUGCAGAAAAGAAAAAGGGAGACAAUUGAAUCUAAUGACAGCUGGGCUGCUGAUGUAGACAGCCACACACUUCAUCAAAUUGUGAAGGUUUAUGUGGGAAACUAUUGGUAUGCCACUUAUCUGAAUACCUUCUUAAAGUAUCCAGAAUUGCUAUAUAAUCGUAACAAAGCUCAAUGGAUUUCAUAUGGCAAGACACUGUUCAUCAUUGGAGAUGGUCAGAUGUUCAGACAUAUUAUCAACUUUCUGCGGUUCGACAAACUGUAUAUUCCUUCAGGAUUCAAGGAAUGGCCAUUACUUUGUCAAGAAAUAGAAGAAUGUAAAAUUCCUGCACUUUCUGAAGCAUUGUGUCACUGUGAACAGUACAGAUUGUGGUGUGCAGAAAAUGAGACAGAGACAUUCAGUGCAGAAACAGUUAACGUUACUGCAGAAACUAUAACUUCAGUUUCUUCUGUGGAAAUUCAUGCUAGUUUUGAAGAAAAGGAAAAUAUGUUAAAUCAUGCUGCGCAAAAGGAACAUACAAACAAUACUGUUACUGAAAUAGAUCAAUGCAGAAUGACCAGUUGGAACUGCAGCAAUAAGCCAGUUCCUCAGACACGAAACAUGACCAUGAGUUCAGCUCCUAAAAAUUGCAGCACAACUAUUUCACCUCAGAAAGCAAAGAAAAGUAAAUUAAAUACGUUUUGUGCUGGAGAAAAGCAGGUGGCUGAAGAUUUGUGUACUUCAAGCGAUGAUGUAGGUUUUGACGAUUCAGAAAGUCCACCCAGAAAAAAAGCAGUCAAGCCACAUCAUAAUGGACAGACUGAAAUAAUUACAUCAGUGGACAAGUUAAUAUCUCUGGUUAAGGGAUGGAAGAAUAACAAUAUGGAGAAAGUUGCAUUUUUGCCGACUGCUGGUUCUAAAGGAAAACGAUUCAAUAAGACAAUGGAUCAUAAUGAUUUUGGUGGUUGGUCACAGAACUCUGGAUUUAUCAUAAAAGUUCACCAUCCUCUCCUGCUAGGAAAUGAUGGAUACUCUGUCUUUUACACAGAUAGUGUGUUAUACAUGAAGCCAUCUACUGACAUAGGUACUUUAUGACAUUAAACCCCAUCUGCCACUCCUCAGCCCAUUGGCCAGUGUGGUCAAGUUGAUGCCGUACAAUUUGGUUACUCAGAAAACAGUCAUGUCGCAGGUUUAGCAUCUCUCACUUUUAACUUAUCACAUGAAGAAAUAUUUUAUGCCAGGGAAUGUAAUCAUUUUUUGACCGGAAUCAUCCUCGAUUCGUAUACUUUGAAGGAUCCUCCACAAAUAAUUUGGGAAAUACUGCAGCUAGUAAACAUUCUUUGGACAGAAGAAAUAACACCAGAAACAUUUGUGUCUAAGCUGCUAAAUCUGAAGGUCUUCAAGAACCAAAAACAGUCACAUGACAAGCUGGUUAAAUGGUUAACGUUGACGCUGCCAUUUGCUUGGAAGUAUAGCCACUGCAUGGAACUAUUGUUGAAGAAAGGGUAUUAUAAAUCUGUCUCAUUCCCUGUGUUAGGAAACUAGUUCGAAAAAAAACUCAACAGAAAUAAAUUUGAACCUAAUGUUACUGACUUCAUAGCAAUUGUUGUCUACAAUGAUGAUCAAUAUUUUAAAGGUUCAUGGCAAAUAUCAGUAUAACUUGAACAGUAAUCUAUUUCAUGCCACAUUGUUUUUUCAGAAAGCUGGGCUUCAAGAGAUGGAGACCUGAAAUACAUUUUAUCAUUGAUGUAACUAUCAUCAGUCCAGUUGGCUCACCACCCUCUUUUAUCAUCACUGUGGAAUCACACACAGACCACUAUUACCACAAAGAAAAUCAUUUUUAAUAACUAAUUACAAAACACUGAUCCCAACCACUUUUUUCACAAGAUUGGCUUGAACAUGUAUUUUGUAUAAAUUAAACGUAAUUUUUAAUUUGGCCACAUAAAUAUGAGAGUUUUGCUAAACUUGCAAAAUACAGGUCAUAACUAAAAAUGCAUGUUUUUCUGCAAAAGUAAAGUUCUAAAUAUGUUGGUGUUUGGGUCAGAGAACAGAUUAAUAGUUUGAAGAAUUUUUUAAAGUCAUCUC